UUUGAAAAAAAUGAUCCCAAGUAACUAGGGGAAUACUAUAGGGAAUACUAGGGGAAUAGUACUAGGGGAAUUACACAGUUGUGAUAAAUUUUUAGUUAGAAAUUUUUUUUUGCAGAAAAAUUUUGCAGAAGCUGUGAUAGAGUUGGUCUCUUUACUUAAAGUAGAAGUUACUGUAUUUAGAAAUACAAUACAAUACAGGUGCUAACAAGACUUAAAAAUACAGCGUACCUCAAAUAUAAUACAAAUGAAUGAAAGUGCUCACAGUAAGAUCAAGGAUUAUCUUGAGUAACUACAUCAUGAUUUUUUGAAAAGAGACACUGGUGCUGAAUUUUUCAGAUGUAUUUUUGGUAUUUUUAGACAAGACAGGGACAAGGGAGACAUCUCUACAGCUGAUAUAUCUCAAAUCUAGCAACUUGCACCAAAAAAAUCUAGAUGGAUAAAUAGCACUAUAUGUAUUUCUGAUUUCGGUUUGACCUGCCUCUCUAAGGCAGAAUACAGUGCAUUACAAUGGUGAAACACAGGGAGACAGACGUCUAGGUUUUAGCCAACUGCAUCAAUGAUACAGUCUGAUUUCCAUAUGUCCUAACAGAAAGCAACAAUUACCGACUAAUAUGUCUGACAAAGUUCAAACAGGCAGACAGACUUGGCAACCAGCCAGGUUGAUGGUAAAUAAUCUCUAAGGUCUUUGUCAUUUUUGUUAAGAUUUUACUGUAGAAAGCUUUUAGUCAUUCAGAAGCUGACUUGCCCUGAGUUGAGAAAACCAUUAGCUGCUUUGAGGUGAUGGGUAUUAUUUGAUAUUAUUUGUUAUUCUUUGAGGGAGAACUGCCUCUGUGCUGUAUGCUGACAGAAACCAGAGAAAAAAAGAUUCUGAAACAAUGUGAGGUAGGUUAAAAACUUAAGUUCAAGCUUGCUCAACAGGAAAAAAAGGAUGCCUUCACAUUUUGUGCAUUUUGUGCAUUGAUGCAUUUUGUUUAGGACAGUUUAGUCAUAACUCUGUGCACUCUGAUUUCAGCCACAAACUUUACACUGCUAAGAUGACAUCAUCAGUUGGAGCCGCAGGGAUUAGUGAUCCUCACUGCUGAUAGGCUCACAGGGAAAAGGGUUGGGAUUUCAUUAAUAAAAGCAUGCAACACACCAAAUGUCAAAGUUAAACAGUGAACAGUCUGAGAGUAAAACAUCACUGCAGCAGUAGAAUCCUGACCAGAAGCAAAUAAGUAGACUGUGAGCUCUCUUAACAUGAUGCCUACAGCUAAAGGCAUGUCCCACAUGAUACCCAGUCAUGUUCUAAGAGUGGGUCAAUCUAUCCGCCUGGACAAGGUACAGGAGACAGUCAACCAAAGUCCCAGUCUCACGGAACCUAACAGUAACAAUGGUGAUCCUGAUCUUGACAUUUCCCUGGAUAAUCUCAACCAGCUCAUCCUGGAACUGGAUCCAACUUUUGAACCCAUUCAGGUCAAGAAAAGUCCCACAUGCAUCAGCCCUCCAACAGAUGACUGCUGCUCAGAUGAAGAUGUCUCCCACUGCAUGUUGGUUCCUAGAGGAUGUUCUUCCUCCUCCACUGUGGUCCGAUCUAUAUCACCCAGUAUAUCCAUCCCUACACGUAGCAGUCUCAGCUGCAGUCCCCAUGGUGCACUGGUUUUCUCCAGCUCACCCUCAUCCUCCUUGCCUCCACUGCCAUGUGGAAGUGUACCCCGGCGAAAUAUCUCACCAAAGCAUGACUCAGCCUUUUGCUCUCCAGGAUCCCUGAGGUUGUCACACUCCAACAGAAACAGUGCAGCGUCACUCCUCUCCACAUCAACAUGUUCAGACACCAGCUACAUUCUCGGCAGCAACCUGUCCCUGGCCAGUGAAGAUGCUGACUCGCCGGAGUCCAUCCUUACUCACACGCCUGGGUCUGGCCCCUUCAGUGAUGGGUCCGGAACAAGGCCAUUUGAUAACAAGCAGAGCCCUUUGUUGGCAAAGCAAGGACACCUACAAGAGUUUCCCAACAAAAGAGCACAGAGCAGUCCUGUUUCGCUGUCUGGGUCUUUGACCGAUAUUCCUAUACUGCUAGUCAAUGGGGCACCACAGCCGGAUCUCCUCAUCCAGCCUCCUGGACCAGAAACUGACUUGAUACAGACCAUCCCUGUGUCCAACUCAAAGCCAUUUUCUCCUCAGAGUUUCCAAGCCCGUUUCAGUGGCAGUCAGCCCACGAUGAAAUUUGUCAUGGACACUUCAAAGUUUUGGUUCCGUCCACAUAUCAGCAGAGCAGAAGCUGAGGCUCUUGUAAAGGACAAGGAAGCAGGAACAUUUGUGGUGAGAGACAGCACCUCCUACAGAGGCAGUUUUGGUCUGGCCAUGAAAGUGGACCAUACUUCCGCCAGCAUCACUCCCACUGCCUACCCAGAAGAGAACAAUGCAGAGCUUGUCAGACACUUCCUUAUUGAGUCAUCGGCCAAAGGUGUACGCAUCAAAGGUGCUUCUCAGGAGCCGUACUUUGGUAGCCUCUCUGCCCUGGUCUACCAGCACUGUAUUUCUGCUUAUGCUUUACCCUGCAAAUUACUGCUUCUCUCCCAAGAUCUGGGUGCAACAGAAGAGAAGACAAAUGACAAACCAGCAUCAGAAGACAAGAGUAAAACAGCUUGCAAUUUCAUCUACCUGAAUGCUGUACCCACUGAGAUGCUGACAGGCCCUUGUGCGGUUCAGAAGGCAGUGUCGUCCACACUUCAGAAGGCCCCAGGUUCCUUCACACCAACCAUAGUUAACCUGAAGGUGUCUCUGAAGGGUGUUACACUGACAGAUAUCAACAGGAAGCUUUUCUUCAGGCGCCAUUACCCUGCUCACCUGCUUAGCCACAUUGGUGAAGAUCCAGAUGAUCGACUGUGGGUGAAAGGUUCGAGUUUUGCUGCAAGGAUGUUUGGCUUUGUGGCAAAAGGAAUAGAUGCUGGUGUGGAGAAUGUAUGCCACGUCUUUGCAGAAUAUGACCCCCUCCAGCCUUGCAACAAAGUCAUUGAGGUUAUUCAGGCUGCCAUAGCGAAGCCAUAGACACACAAGGACUGAGACAACAUGAUAUAUGCAGAGGUGUUUAGGUCUUACCUACACUAUCUGUAUUAUACUGUACUUUGCUAAAGUAACCCGUCCAAUAUGGUGGUCAUUGCACGUGUCGCUACUGCUGGUGUUAAACUGGACAAGUUACCGUAUCUGUUGCAUAUCAAUACAAGUAAAAUCUGAAUUAGAAGUGCUUAGGACUACCCUGGCUUGUCCCUUGGUCAGAUGACGAAAGCCAUAUUGAAAAGACAGAUGUAACUGUUGCAUGUGGCACAUGUAUGAAAUGGAAUGCUCCCGUUAAAUAUUAUCUGACCAGUCAACAAUAUUGCUGUAAUACCUAAUACAUGAAGCUCCCAAAAGAAUUAGUUUAGCAUGCUUUUGUCUACAAUGUUAGAAACCAAUACCUUACAUACAAGGUAGGACAAGUUAAAGGAGUUUAUUUGUUUGAUGCUUUAAAUGCAGAAUGAUUCUAAUGUAAAUUGAGAUCUGCAUUAGUGGAUACUUAUAAUAUAUUGUGAUGAGAAAUUCUGAAGGUUCUCUUAUUACAUUCAAAGAAAAACUGACAUGUCCUUUCAUUUCAAAGCAGACACUUAGCAGAUACCUUAGUUGUAUAGCUCAGAAUGUAUUUAUUAUGCUGCACAGUAAACAAUAGCUUCUCUGUAUGUUCAUGUAUUUUUUUUUUUGAAAUUGUUAUGGUGAAAAAUAAACAUGUCGAACUGUCGAA